UCAUGGUGAAUGAUAGAAUUCAGAACUUGAACCAACUUCAAUCUGUUGUCAGAGAGGCAGUGGAUUAUCUGUCUACUCUGCCUUUGGAUACCCCAUUUUCUGAUUUUGAAGAUAGGUUUCAAGUGAUUGGUUUGGAAAGGGGUUGGGGUGAUACUGCUGAAUCAGUGUCUGACAUGCUUAAUCUGCUCUUACAACUCCUGGAGGCUCCUGACCAUUGUGCUGUCGAGAAAUUUCUCGGGACAGUCCCUAUGGUUUUCAAUGUUGUUAUUCUCUCACCCCAUGGUUACUUUGCUCAAGACAAUGUCUUGGGCUAUCCUGAUACUGGUGGCCAGGUUGUUUACAUUUUGGAUCAAGUUCCUGCCAUGGAACGCGAGAUGCUUAAACGGAUGAAAAAGCAAGGACUUAAUGAUAUCAUCCCUAGAAUUAUCAUUGUCACUCGCCUUCUGCCAGAUGCAGUUGGCACCACGUGCAAUCAACGCAUUGAGAAAGUCUAUGGAACAGAGCAUUCAUACAUUCUGCGAGUUCCCUUUAGAACUGAGGAGGGAAUUCUUCGCAAGUGGAUCUCGCGUUUUGAAGUGUGGCCAUAUAUGGAGACUUUCACAGAGGAUGUUGCAAAUGAAAUUCUUGGAGAGUUGCAGACAAAGCCGGACUUGAUCAUUGGCAACUACAGUGAGGGUAACCUUGUUGCCACCUUGCUAGCUCACAAGUUUGGGUCAAUCCAGAGUACCAUUGCUCAUGCUUUGGAGAAAACUAAGUAUCCAAAUUCUGACCUAUAUUGGAAGAAAUUUGAGGAGAAGUAUCAUUUCUCCUCCCAGUUUACUGCUGAUCUCAUUGCAAUGAAUCAUACUGAUUUCAUUAUCACUAGCACUUUCCAGGAGAUUGCUGGAAGUAAGAACUCUUAUGGACAGUAUGAAAGUCAUACAGCCUUUACCAUGCCUGGAUUGUACCGAGUUGUCCAUGGGAUUGAUGCGUUCGACCCCAAAUUCAACAUUGUUGCACCAGGGGCUGAUAUGUCCCUCUACUUCUCUUACUCAGUGAAGAGUAGGAGACUGACUAAUUUCCACCCUGAAAUUGAAGAGCUUCUAUUUAGUGCUGUUGAAAAUGAAGAACAUUUAUGUGUGUUGAAAGACAGGAGCAAGCCCAUUCUAUUCACAAUGGCACGGCUGGAUCGCGUGAAGAACUUGACAGGACUUGUUGAGAUGUAUGGUAAGAGUGCUCGGCUUAGGGAGUUGGUGAACCUGGUUGUGGUAGGUGGAGAUCGUAGGAAGGAAUCCAAGGACUUGGAAGAGCAAGCAGAGAUGAAGAAGAUGUAUGAGCUCAUAGACACCUACAAGUUGAAUGGUCAGUUCAGAUGGAUUUCUUCCCAGAUGAACCGGGAGAGGAAUGGUGAACUAUACCGAUACAUUGCAGACAAGAGAGGAGCUUUUGUGCAGCCUGCUUUCUAUGAGGCUUUCGGUCUGACAGUGGUGGAGUCCAUGACCUGUGGCUUACCAACAUUUGCUACAUUGCAUGGCGGUCCAGCUGAGAUAAUUGUGCACGGAAAGUCUGGCUUCCACAUUGAUCCAUACCAUGGUGAUGAGGUUGCUCAAGUGCUUGUUAAUUUCUUUGAAAAGUGCAGGGAUGACCCCACUCAUUGGGAAGCCAUUUCGGCUGGAGGCCUUAAGCGCAUUCUUGAGAAUUUUACAUGGCAAAUUUACUCUGAGAGGGUGAUGAAUUUGGCUGGUGUUUAUGGAUUUUGGAAGCAUGUGUCCAAAAAAGAUGAACGUGAGAUUGAGAAACGUCGCUACAUCGAAAUGUUUCAUACCCUGAUGUAUCGAAAGUCGGCUGAAUCUGUUCCGUUAGCCGUUGAUGAGUAGAUCAAAGGAAGAACUAUUAUCACGGGAUCUUAUUGGACGGCAUCAAUUUUCCUUUUCGUUUUUUCUUUUUCAAUUAUCUCAAGAUAUUUGUUUUGAAUAGACUGAUAGGUAGUCAGUUAUUGAUAGUGAAUUUGGUUUACAUGGAUGAUUUUAUUCAUUUUUAUCUUAGAUAAAAUUGAUGAAUAUACAACAUUUGCUAUU